ACACACGUGGUUAAUUUUAAAUAGAAAUAGAAAAUCGUAACCAAUAUGUAUUUUCACACAAAGAAUUCACUCUACAUUCAAGUUGUUGCUGGGAUCCAGGAGAUCACUUGUAUAUUAUUUCUUCAGCUUUUCAUUAUAUUUUCCCUUGAAAACAUGGAGACAAUGAGAAAGAAAAGACAACACACCAAAGAUUGUGAGUUUACGUUUUGCUCUCUAGCACUUUUCUCUCUAUAUAUUUACUUUAAUUUUGUGUAGCAGAAAGAAAAGGGAGCUAGCAGUAGAGACAUGGUGAUGAAGAUGGAGAAGAUAAAGAAAAAGUUGAAUGGAUCAAAUGUGUUGAUAGGAAUGUUGACAGUUCAAGUGAUAGCAACUGGAUUACAACUUCUUUCAAAAGUGAUAUUAAGUCAUGGCACCUUUGUUUUUGCCCUCACGACUUAUCGUCAUGUCGUUGCUACUCUUUGCAUCGCCCCUUUUGCUUUACUUUGGGAAAGGGAGAGUUUGAAGAAAGUGACGUGGUCAAUAUUUUUCUGGCUGUUUAUGAUAGCAUUAACGGGGAUCAUCAUGGCCAUGGGACUUUUCUAUUAUGGCCUCAAAGACACAACUGCCACAUAUGCUACUAACUUCCUCAAUCUGAUUCCAAUUGUCACAUUCAUCUUCUCAACUGUGUUAGGUAUGGAAAGGCUAAGGCUGAAGACGAAGAUUGGUAAAAUUAAGCUUUUAGGUGCAAUGUUGUGCUUGGCUGGAGCAUUGACAAUUACUCUUUACAAAGGGAAAGUAUUCUAUAUCAGUCAUAACCACAAGCAUCAAAAUAUUUCCAAGGCUAAUGAGAAUGUGGUUCGUGGAACUAUAUUUUUGAUGUGUAGCUGUAUGUCCUAUGCUUGUUGGUUCCUUAUACAGGCCAAGGUGUCCAAAGUGUUCCCAUACAAAUAUUCUGCAACAUUUAUUGUAAGCAUGAUUGCAACUGUCCAAGGCGCGAUUGUUGGAGUAUGCAUAGAUAGAAGAAAGGCCUCUUGGAAGCUGGGAUUCAAUUUGCAGCUAAUCACUAUCUUUUACUCGGGAGCAUUGGCAACGGCAGCAACAUUCUGCUUCAUAUCAUGGACAGUUACAAAAAAAGGACCAACUUAUCCUUCUAUGUUCAAUCCUCUGGCUUUGAUUUUUGUUACUAUCGCGGAAGCUGUCUUACUUGGUCAAGAGAUGAGUAUCGGGAGCUUGCUUGGCAUGUUUCUGAUCAUUGUGGGAUUAUACUCUUUCCUGAGGGCAAAAACCCAAGAGCUCACACAAAUUGGAUUACCAAAUCCAGGGGAUGCUGAAGCACCACCACCACCCGAAAAUGGAAUAAUAACGCGUACUAAGAACAUGGAAUUGCCAAUUUUAGCACUCGAAAAUGCUAGAUUUCUACCAACACCAGUAGAAGUUGCUCCAGCUCCUAUCGAAAAACAAGAAGACAAAGACGAAGAAAAACAAAGCAUAUGACAUUGUCCGCUGCCAAUGCUGGGCCAAAUAUGGUCCAAUUUUGUGCAGCAAGAAAACUAUAUUAACAGAAAAAAGAUUGUGAUGCUAUAAUUUUUCUUUUUUAGUAGGAGUGUGCUCUAAAUGAUGUUGAAGAUUCUGGAGGGACCAGUUUUGUCCAUUCGAAUACUUGAAGAGACACUAACCAUCAGGUGUUUUGUAUUGAAACACUAAAUUAUUAAUGAAGAAAAGGCAUUCAAUCUAA